AUGAGAGAGCAAAGACAGUGGUUCCCCAUUGAGGACAGCCGGGUGCGAUACGUGUCCUCCUUAUUACAGGAAGAGGCGGCAGAUUGGAUGAUCCAACAGUUUGAUUCACGGGCCAGAUCCAUACAAACCCUGAAUGAUUUUAUGUGGGCCCUGAGAAGGCGUUUCGAGGAUCCCUUCCGAAGUGACAAGGCUAAGGCAGCCAUCCUUCAAUUGCGCCAAGGCACCAAGAAUACGCUGGGGAAUUUCAAUGUCUGGCCAGCAGAAUUACGGACUGGAGUGAAGCUACUCGAGUGCAAUACUUUCGUGAAGGAUUGCACCCUGAAGUUCUAUACUGGGCUUACAUGCAACGAGAUCCGCCUAACCUCGAGGAAUGGGUCCUGCUUGCGGAGGAGGUGGAAAGCUGACGGCAAUCCCUCGCUCUCUCCAGGCACACAGCGAGGGAAACAGGUCCACGGCAAGACUGUGCCGGCCCAUCUCCACGGAGACCAACCGCUCCUGUUUCGGACCGGGCAAACGCUUCCAAAAGGGAGCAUGUCUCAUUUGCGAGCACACCCCUAUGAAAAUAACAUGUUUUCUCCUACGAACCUCAUAGCUGCCCUUGGCUUGCUCCUUUAUGGGUCCAGAACUGAUACGGCAGCUGAAAUAGAAAAGGUAGGAAUCCAACAGUGCCACAUGCAAAGCAACACCCAGGCCCUGGGGCUCAGGAAACUACCCGGGAGAGCCUUUGACACUGUGCCAGAUUAUGUAUGUGAGAAACCGGAAGGCGUUCAUAGUGUGUUGAACAAAGUUCUUAAAGAACUCAACGAGCCCAGCACCGACUAUGAACUGAGCAUUGCCAAUCGGCUCUUUGCAGACGAGUCUAUUACUUUCUUCCAGAAAUUCCUGUACUGUGCUCUGAAAUUGUACCUGACUGAGGUGGACAGAGUUGACAUCCAUAAUGCCCCAGCAAAUGUCCGGAAGCUGAUCAACUUGUGGGUUGAGAUCAGAACAUAUGGUAAAAUAAAAAACCUACUUCACAAGGACAGCUUUAACUGUGAAGCUGAUCUGCUGCUAGUGAACACGCUCUACUUCAAAGGGCAAUGGGAAGUCAAAUUCGACAAAGAACUCACCAAAGAAGUACCGUUUUACUUCAAUGAGAUGAAAUGUAAAAAUGUACAGAUGAUGUACCGGAAAGGCCAGUACAACACAGGCAAGAUUAAGGGAUCCGAGGUGCAGGUACUUGAGAUCCCCUACAAAAAUAACGAACUGAGUUUGUUCAUAUUGCUACCUAAAGACUGCAAGCUUGAGUCUCUUCAGCAGCUGGAAGAUGAACUGACCCAUGAGAAACUUCUGAACUGGGCCUGUAUUCUGAGGCCUGAAGAGGUACACGUGGCCGUCCCCAAGCUCAUCAUCGAGAAAAGGAUUGAAGCCAACACGUACUACUUGCCGCAUCUGACCGAUCCUGACAAAGCUGACAUGUCUGGAGCAACGAGCACCCGAGGUGCCGUUCUGACUCACCUUUUCCACGAUACUUUUCUAGAGAUUGAUGAAGAAGGUGGCGAGGAACCAGAGAAGCCCCAUUCUACCAAAAACAGGCACCUAGCACGUCGUCAGCCUAUUGACUUUGUGGCUAAUCAUCCUUUUGUAUAUUAUGUUAUGCACAAAAGCACACAAAGCCUUCUUGCCUUUGGUCAAUUCACUAAACCAGAAUAA